GGGCAGUACUGAGAUGGGAUGUUCCCAUCGCCGCUGCCUGUUGCCGAGUGGAAAACAGCAGAAGGUUUGGGAUCUCAAGAGUGUUCAUCGUGCUGCGUGCCGUUUCCUUUCCUUUUCCUCCUUCAGAAGAUGACCCAUGAGACCACAACCCUGAUAUCCUUGAAGGAAGCAAUGAAAAGAGUAGACAACAAGCUCAGAGCUCUAGACACACAGUUCAAAGAACUGGACGUCACCAAGGAUAAUCUGACGCUUCGAUUUGAACACCAUAGCAAGACUUUGGCAAGCCAAGCAGCCCAGGAUGAGAUAUGGACAGCAGCUCUGGCCCUUGGGUUCACCUCAAUGGAACUGAAUAUUGUAUACAGCUAUGUCAUCGAGGUCCUUAUUUGCUUGCACACUCGAAUGCUUCAGAAACUCCCAGACCUGGUGAGAAGUCUCCCGACCUUAGCCUCUGUCCUUAGAAGAAAAGCCAAGAACAAGCAUGUUAGGCUUGUGUGGGAGUCUGUCCUGCAGGAGUACGGGCUGCAGGAGAGGGAUGUCUCAGCACUCUGUACCUUCUUCAUUGUACAUGGCAACAAAGGAGAGCACUAUGCUGCCAACGUAAGACGGAUGUACAUCAAAGAUGUUUCCUUCAUGAUCACCAACAUGGUAAAGAACCAGGCUCUACAGGAUGGAUUGCUUAGAGCUGUUCAGAUCAUCGAGAAGGGGAAACAAGCACAGGACCCUGAAAACUCAAGGGCACCCCUAAAAGAGUUGAUGCCCCCAGUUAAAGACUAACCUGUUACCUUUGACCCAGCAGUUCCACUCUCGGUCAUUUGUAUUUUUUUUCCCCCAAGACAGGGUUUCUCUGUACGGCCCUGGCUGUCCUGGAACUCACUCUGUAGACCAGGCUGGCCUUGAACUCAGAAAUCCACCUGCCUCUGCCUCCCAAGUGCUGGGAUUAAAGGCGUGCGCCACCACUGCCCGGCGGUCAUUUGUAUUUUAAAAACCAAAAAAAUGCAUAAUUUAAUUUUUAUAGGCUUAUUUUAUAGCAAAAGUGGAAGGAACAUUAAAGAAAUUAUGACAAAUGGAUACAAUGUACAUUGUGUGUGUAGCCAUAUUUGAAAAAGAAGCAAAUAUUUUAUAAUGAAGUAGAAUUUGGGGUGUAGCCCAGAGUACAUUUUUUUUUUUUUUUUUUGGUUUUUCGAGACAGGGUUUCUCUGUGUAGUCCUGGCUGUCCUGGAACUCACUCUGUAGACCAGGCUGGCCUCGAACUCAGAAAUCAGCCUGCCUCUGCCUCCCGAGUGCUGGGAUUAAAGGCGUGCGCCACCACCACCCAGCUACAUUUUUUUUUUGUAUGUAUGAGGCCCUGAGUUCAAUCCCUGAUACCACCAAAUACAUAAUAAAGAAAUUUAUAUGGAA